GACAUAUCAUUGAAUUGUCCGCCAAAAUCACAGUCCAGUCAGUUGCUCUGUAUCUACGGGCAAUAGAAGAAAAAUGUUGACUUCAGUCAAAGUAUCCUCGACACCAUUUGAAGGCCAAAAACCAGGCACAAGUGGCCUAAGAAAAGCUGUUAAAGUAUUUUCUCAGCAACAUUACACUGAAAAUUUUAUUCAAUCCCUUCUUACCGGAGGACUUGGAGAAAGUCUGCCCGGCUCGACUCUGGUUCUUGGUGGAGACGGCCGGUAUUUCUUACAUGAAGCGGUCGAGAUCAUCGUUCGAAUUUGUGCUGCCAAUAAAGUAUCCAAGCUGAUUAUUGGGCAGAAUGGCAUUCUUUCAACCCCUGCGGUGUCUUGCAUGAUUCGCAAGUAUAAGACUAAUGGGGGCAUUUUAUUAACUGCCAGUCACAAUCCAGGUGGCCCUGAUGCUGAUUUUGGUAUCAAGUUCAAUACUUCCAAUGGUGGCCCUGCACCUGAUGGUGUAACCAACAAAAUCUAUGAACUCUCUACUGGAAUUAAAGAAUAUUUUAUUGUGCCUGAGCUUAAAUGUGAUAUAAAAACAAUAGGAACCCAGCAGUUUGAUAUUGAAGGACAUCCAUUUACAGUGGAAGUGGUGGACUCUGUCAGUGAUUACUUGGAAUUGAUGAAAGAGAUAUUUGAUUUUGAUUCCAUCAAGAACCUUAUUUGUGGAACAGGUCAAGCCCCCCUUAAAAUUUUGAUCAAUUCUAUGCAUGGAGUGACUGGCCCUUACGUCAGCCGCAUCUUUUGUGAUGAGUUGGGGGCAAGUGCAGAAAGCGUUGUAAAUGUCAUUCCCCUAAAUGAUUUCGGUGGCCACCACCCAGACCCAAAUCUGACCUACGCAGCUGAUUUGGUUGAAGCGAUGAAAAAAGGCGCUUUCGGACUUGGCGCAGCUUUUGACGGAGAUGGGGACCGUAACAUGAUUUUAGGCGAAAAAGCUUUCUUCGUCACUCCUUCCGACUCCCUGGCAGUUAUAGCAAAUAAUAUGGACUGCAUUCCGUACUUCCGCCGGACGGGAGUUAGGGGAUUUGCUAGAAGCAUGCCUACUGGCGCUGCCGUAGAUAGGGUUGCCGCCAAACUGCAGAAAAACAUGUACGAGGUCCCAACCGGCUGGAAAUACUUUGGGAAUCUAAUGGAUGCCGGGCAGCUGUCGCUUUGUGGCGAAGAGAGUUUCGGAACUGGCUCCGACCAUAUUCGAGAAAAGGACGGAAUAUGGGCUAUUCUUGCUUGGCUCUCCAUCUUGGCUGUCAGAAAACAAACAGUGGAAGAAAUUUUGAAAAAUCACUGGACCUUGUAUGGAAGAAACUUUUUCACUAGGUAUGACUAUGAAAACUGUGACUCCGAACCUUGCAAUAAAAUGAUGAACGAUCUGGAGUCACUAAUGAAUGAACCUUCUUUCAUCGGUUCGACCCAUGAAUUCGAGGGCAAAUCUUUUAUCGUGGCUUUGGCGGAUAAUUUUUCGUACACGGAUCCCAUUGAUGGUAGCAUCUCCACGAAACAAGGUCUGCGGAUUAUUUUUCAAGAUGGCUCACGGAUUGUCAUUCGGCUUAGUGGAACAGGAAGCUCCGGCGCCACUGUUCGCCUUUACAUUGAUAGCUACGAAUCAGACGCUGAUAAAUAUCUUCUUGACGCACAGGUCAUGUUAAAACCACUCGUCCAGAUCGCGCUUAGAAUUUCAAAGUUAAGGGAACUCACGGGCAGAGACGAGCCCACAGUCAUUACGUAACAAACUCAAAAACAUGUUUAUGAAACCGAGUACUCCUCGGGAAAUUGAGCUAAAGUUAUUCUUAGUCACCGCUCUAGUUCUUUUUUCUUGUUUCGGCUUUUUGGGUAAGAUAUAAAUUGAGUAGUCUAGAAUGUUGUUAUUGAUUUUUGAAUCUCUUUAUCAAUCUGUUUGCUAUGUGGCUAGCAGGUCUGUUUAAUACACAGGCAAUCUUUGUGA